AUGGGCUGCCUGGGGAGGAAAACCCUGCCUUUCUUCCUCAUUUUUGUGCCCAUAUAUCUACGUGGGGCUUUGUUGCAAGAAACCGCACCUGAGAGGCAAAGAAAACCAUUCCUUGAGAGGCUCUGUAGACUAGAAGCACAGUUUCGGAGGUUCCAAGAGGCAACCCUAAAGCACCUGCAGGGCAUCGCCAGCAACUACAACCUGUCCUUCGUUAUGGAGGCUUCGUUCUGGAGCCUGGCCCGCGAGAGCCAGGCCGUGGCCCUGGCGCUCAGCCAGCAGCAGGCCGCCGUGCAGGGCGACCUGGGCCACCUCGAGACCUGGGUGUGGAAGACUCAGUGCAGAGGCCAGAAGGUGGACAACAGGCUGCUGGCCUUGGGCGCCGCCCUGAGCGAGAGGAGCAAGCAGCGCACCCAGGAGAGGAAGGGGCAGGAGGAGCAGAGGAACAUGCUGGCUCGCCUGAUGCCCCUCGUCCAGAGCCAGGGCGCCGGGCUGGCAGCUUUCAAGGGGCUGCUGCAAGUGGCCAGCCCUGGCACUGCCGCCCUGCAGACGCUGCUAGAUGUCCCCCAGGGGUACAGUCAUCUCCAAUUGAGGACCACUGCCAAAGAUUAUGACAAGAGCCCCCAGGUGAAGAGAGGAGUUUGCAACAUGGGCCCUGCACUCAUCUUUCCGAACGCGUCCACUGUGAAUGUAAUCUCGCCCGGCUUCGUCACUGGCCUACGGGCCCUGUCUGUCUGCGGCUGGGUCCGCACAGCCUUGGGCCACCUGGGCACCCUCCUCUCGUACACCAGCAAAGAAAAUGACAAGCUGGUUCUGCAUGGCCGAGACUCCCUACCCCCCGGCUCCAUCCACUCUGUGAUUGGAGACCCGGCCUUCAGGGAGCUGCCCCUCCAGCCACUGCUAGACGGCUGUUGGCACCAUGUGUGUGUCAUCUGGACGUCCAUCCUGGGCCUGGGCAGGUACUGGCUCCACAUGGGCCGAAGGCUAGCGGCCACUGGCUCCCGCUUUGGGGAAGGCUAUGAGAUUCCUCCAGGAGGCUCCCUCACGCUAGGCCAGGAGCGAGACAGCGUUGGGGGCAGGUUUGAUGGCCCUGAGGCCUUUGUGGGGAGCCUAGCAGGCCUGGCCAUAUGGGACCUGGUGCUGGUCCCCAGGGAGGUCUCAAACCUGGCCACUGGUAAGGAUUUCCUGAUGGGCGCCAUCCUAACACUGGCCAAUGCCGCAUCGGUAGAUGGAUUCAUGCAAAGGGUGAACUGCACCUGCCUACAGCUCUGUUCCUGA